CGACGGUUCUUCGUCGCGUACCCCGCGGUUUCGAACCCACUACCGCCCGUUACGAUAUCUGGACAUAAUUAUUGGGGCUGCAAGUUUAUAACACAAUCAUCACGGCAAUAAGGCAACCCCAAUAAUUGCAAAAUGUCCAGAUUCGCGUCUGCGGGUUUUGAGGCCUUCGAUUCAAUGAGGUCGAAAGCCUCACAGAAAUUUUCUGGACUAAGGCGGAGCAAUACUGGCUACGAAGAAUUUGAAAUGCCCCCAAACAGAGAGAGCAAAGAUAAUCUGGGGUUCGAGGACGAACGUGGAUACAACUUGAACGCAUCGUUCGAUUCAUUACCGGAACCGGAACGACCGCCUCUACGUCAUAUCGACACUUAUUGUAUGCCUGAGUGUCCUUGCCUCUCGAAGAGGUACACCAUAGCAGUAUUGGCCUGCAUAGGUUUCAUAAUCUCAUUCGGUAUGAGAUGUAACUUGGGUAUGGCCAAAAUGGCAAUGAAGAGUACGACCCUGUCCGGACGUGAGAAGUUCAACUGGACGAUCGGAACGGAGAGUGUACUAGACUCGUCUUUUUUCUGGGGCUACCUUGUGACUCAGGUGCCUGGAGGUUUCCUCGCCUCUCUUUACCCCGCCAACAGGAUAUUCGGAACGGCGAUUGCCAUUUCAUCUUUCCUCAAUUUGUUCGUACCCGGAGCUGUGAGUGUAAACGCUGGCGCGGGCGUGAUAGCCGAGAUUUUCAAGGGCUUGGCAGAGGGUGUUACGUACCCAGCUUGUCACGGUAUAUGGAAAUACUGGGCUCCACCUCUAGAAAGAUCGCGAUUGGCCACUCUGGCCUUCUGCGGAUCCUACGCAGCUGUGGUAAUCGGAAUGCCCUUGUCCGGAUAUUUGACAGAAUGGUUCGGCUGGGAGGCCUCCUUUUAUUUCUACGGUGUCUGCGGGCUGAUUUGGUACGCUUUCUGGCUCUGGCUCAGUUUUGAGAAGCCCUCUAAGCACCCCUGCAUCUCGGCUCGAGAAUUGCGUUACAUCGAGGACUCUCUUGGGCAAGGUCAAGCGCAAAUCCCGAUGCCCACUUUCUCCACAACACCGUGGCGAAAAUUCUUCACCUCGAUGCCAGUCUACGCAAUUAUUGUGGCGAAUUUCUGCAGAUCAUGGAACUUCUAUUUGCUGGUCUUGUUUCAGGCUCGAUUCAUGCACGAGGCUUUCGAGAUGCCUCUCGUGACGACUGGACUGAUCGGAGCUCUUCCUCACCUGCUUAUGACGACGAUCGUCCCUUGCGGUGGUCUGCUGGCCGAUCAUUUGCGAAAACGUGGAAUUCUCUCGACGACAAACGUGCGAAAGCUGUUCAACUGCGGGGGUUUCGGAAUGGAGGCUAUCUUCUUCUUGGUCGUGGCCAAGGCUACGGUUUCUCACAAUGGCACCGCGGCCACGGUCGCCCUCACCAUUGGCGUGGCUUCCAGUGGAUUCGCCAUAUCCGGUUUCAACGUGAACCAUCUGGACAUCGCGCCCCGGUACGCCAGUGUCUUGAUGGGAAUGUCAAACGGCAUCGGCACAAUCGCUGGUCUCGUGGUUCCCUUCUUCGUCGAGUUCGUCACGAAAAAUAAGGACCGCGAGAGUUGGAGAAACGUCUUCAUAUUCGCCGCUUGCGUUCACUUCGUCGGCGUUACUUUCUACGCGAUAUUUUGUUCCGGCGAACUCCAGCCGUGGGCAGAUCCUACCAUCGAGGAACAGAACAGCUGGAACCCCCUGGACGAUUUGACCAAGGGCAAGCCGCCAUUGCCGCCACCACCGAAGCCACCGCAACCGGAGUUCGUGAAGCAACCUUCGCUCAACGGCGGAGACCGGAACAAUUACGAUCAACCGCCAGAAAAUCACCUUUACCCGCAGCUCGAUAAGCGAAUUCAGGACGGUAACUCGGUUGCGAGUUACGGGUCAACGGUGACGAACGUAAAUAAUCCAUUUCACUCGUCGAAUCCGUUCGCCAGUGACGUCAGCGCGUCUCUGGUUCAGCCGCCUGCUGUGGAUGACCACACGCAUGAUGUGAUAGGCGGACAGCAAUGGAACUAAUUUGCAAGAGGUCAGAUUUACGCCGGAUUGGGUGAGUAACUGGAACGUAGGUUGAGAGUGCGGAGAAGAAUAUAAUCCAAUGAAAGGAGUCAGAGUGUUGAUCACGUUUGGAGCCACUUACGUUUUACUUGUAGAAAGGAAGAUUCUUUUUCAUAGUCACGAUCAAUAAUCACACUGUUUUCUCUUCCUCGCAAUAUUUUUCUCCAAAGUAAGAGAAAAAGGGCGAAUUGACGAUUAAUAAUUUGGAAAAUAUGCAUUUGUAUUUAUGUGAAGCCCUGACGAAUGAUUAGUACUCUGUUUUCCGUGGUCAUUGGUGAGAAUCAUUUGGGAUGCGCGUAGAAUAUAAUGAAAUAUGGAAUACCGAAUACAAAGAAUAGCACAAUAUUUAGAAACGUAGCAAUAAAAGAACUUCGAAGGAUUCGAGUUAUGGUUCAGAGAAAAGCAGCAGUAGAAGAACAGUACAAAACAAGUUGAGGACAAAACGAAAGAGAAAAAAUAGAAGUCAAAUAAAAUAAUAUAAAUAAUA